UACGAAAACAUUUCACCUUGUAUGUGUACGACAAAAAAUUUAUCGUGAUUAAUAGUGACCUCAUGAAUUAAACUUCGUUGCAUCGUGUUGCUUAAAGAAGUGCAAAAGUGCGUCGUCGGAAACGGGGAACGAAACAAAGCGACGCUAUGUCGAAAAUAUCGAACAGAUCAACCGACAGAGGUUAUAAGACCGUGGGCGAUCACCAAAAAUAUCUGUCGCGCAUCACCAAAACGCUGUAUUAUGGAAAAUUGCCAAAAAACGAUUCCCUCAGUUUGCCAGUAACAGAAUUGGCAGCUGAGCUGUUUUCUGAGGCACAAAGGGGCAAAUCGAUCCGAAGACUGCACUGCUACGAUGCGGCGAAAAUUUCGAGGAAUGCAUGUGUGUCACCAUGUUCCCUGGUACUUGCUAUGCUCUAUUUGGAGCGUUUGAAGAAAUGUAACCCAGAUUAUUUGGAACGAACAGCACCCUCUGAGCUGUUUUUGGUCUCUCUUAUGGUAUCAAGUAAAUUUUUGUUUGAUGACGGCGAAUCUGAUGAAGUUUAUAUUGACGAAUGGGCUGCUUCUGGUGGAGUCACUGUUAAGGAACUAAUAGCCAUGGAAAGAGAAUUCUUAAAAGCAAUCGACUGGAAUAUCUAUGUGGGGGAACUGAAAUUUUGGAAGAAACUGAACGAAAUAGAAACUACUUUAGCUGAUAAACAAGGAAAGUCAAGGGGUUUUUUCACAUACACUGAACUUGAAUUGCUUCUGGAUGCGUUCGAAUUGUAUAACUUCAUACAAUGCGUCAUCGCCUUGUCCGUAAUUCUAGCCGCUACGUACACUGUUGGAAUUUUGUCACUGGCAGGAUCAGUGUUUUUGAGUAGUCAAGUACCGGGAACAGCUUUGUACUCCAGAACAUACCAGGAAACCCAUGCUUUGAAUGACAAGACUAUGAAUGACCACGUUUAUGAGUAUUCUUACAAUGAAACUGAUGAGACUGAAGUAUGUAAGCAUAAGAGUUUGGAUGCCGUCGAUGUUUUCAAGACGGGACUUCUACUGGCAACAAUAUCAUGUGACAAUUCGAUUAAGGCUUCAGAUGACAAUAACUCCCAGACUGUGUCUUGGGAUUGGUGGAGCGUACCGGCUAUGAACUGGCUCGUCAGCACAUCCGAUUACAUUGAACAAUUUGAAUUACCGCUCAGAUAUUUUCCUUCAUUUCAAGAAAAUUAUCCGCUUAAGAUGAAGCAAUUUAAAAUUGAGGAUCGUUUGAUUAAGGCCACCAAAACCAGAAUACAAGAUCAGAUUGAAAACUCUUGGCAUGAAGAAUGGACUGACACAAUAAAAUACGGUCUCUUUUAUAACAGGAUCCUUCCCAGUUUGGUUUACACAGUCAAAUCCUAAGUCCAUAAAUAUUGUAUAUUUUUUAUAAAUAUAUGCUUGAUUUUGUGGUUUAUCUGACCUUAUUGAUGUAUACUUUAUUAAUUUCUUGAUUGAUUUGUUUUAAUAAAUGAGUAAUACUUGAAGUGUGAUCAAAAUUAUCAUGUACUCUUUUGGAUUAAAUAUUUUAUAAUAAACUAUUGGUUAUUGAA